UCUUUGGUCACAUCGCUUUCUCCCCACGGCCCGAAAUUACAUGUCGACGCCCCCGGCCGUCCCCAUGACCGCCGCCGCCGCCGCCGCCGCCGCCUCGUCUUCCCGCCGGAGGAUGGAGGCCGUCCGCCGCCAUCUCCUCCCUCGGCCGCCGCCCGUCCUUAGCUUGAAUCAGCUAAGCGCCGCGGAGGCAGGAGAGAGCCCGGUGAUCAUCGGCGGAAUGGUGCUGGACAUCCACGCGAAGCCAUCCGUGCCGCCACAUCCUGGCACCACCGUUCCUGGGAUGGUUAAGUACAUCGGUGGGGGAGUAGCUAGAAAUAUUGCUGAGUGCAUGGCUAAGCUUGGGACUCAACCACACAUGAUUAGUGUCAUUGGAGAUGAUAUGGCAGGGGAUUUCCUAUUGAAGUACUGGAGGGUAGCUGGACUAUGUACAGAUGGAAUACUGCAGGUUCCUGAUGUUACAACCCCAGUAGUAUCAAAUGUAUUUGAUCGGAAUGGAGAAUUAUUUGCUGGCGUCGCGAGUGUGCAAGCAGUUGAAACUUUUCUUACCCCUAGCUGGAUAUAUCAGUUCUACCGCCGUAUCUCCACUGCACCACUACUAAUGCUUGAUGCCAAUUUAUCUCCUGAGUCACUUCAAGCUGCAUGCAAAAGGUCAAAAUUUAGUGAUAAACACUAUGUUGUGUUAUUUGUUUCAGUAGCAUAUGAAUCAGGGGUGCCUGUGUUAUUUGAGCCUGUCUCGGUGGUAAAAAGUUCAAGAAUCGCGCCAAUUGCAGAACAUAUAACAUGCACUUCCCCGAAUGAGAUUGAGCUUGUUGCCAUGGCAAACGCACUGUCUACUCCUGGGAAAUUUAACCUUGUCAAACUGGAGCAGUGCAACAACAAAGCGGAAUCUGUAGAUUACUUGUUUGAAAUGCUCAGCCCGGCAAUGUUUUUUCUUCUCGAAAAGGGCAUCAAGCUUCUCCUGGUGACACUUGGCUCGAAUGGUGUUUUCAUAUGUUGCAGAGAGCACGUCAACUUUAUAAAGGAUCAGAAAAGGUGUAAAGUGACGCCUUUCUCAACUCAGCUACUUGAAAAAUUGGAGGGAUGUUUUCUAUCCAGCACGCCUGUUAAUUUGUCCAGAGAAGGCUCUUCCAGAACUUGUGUUUUCCAUUUACCUGCAACAUCUGCCUCAGUGGUCAGCCUCACAGGUGCGGGCGAUUGUUUGGUUGGGGGCUUCCUUUCAUCUUUAUGUGGGGGAUUGGAUAUUAUGCAAAGUGUUGCAGUUGGGAUUGCUGUAGCAAAGGCAUCUGUUGAAUCUGAAGCUAACAUACCUGCCGAUUUUUCUGCUGCAAGCAUCGCAGAUGAUGCAAGAAGGACGCUACUCUCAGCUAGACAAAUAUGGUGCCAGUAAAUAGAAAAUUACACCAAACAUUUUGGUGUGUUUGUUUUAUUCGAAUCUUUACUAGAGAGAGUUUCUCAUGUCACGGUUCAUUUUUCUUGUUCUGAAUGGUUGGAAUGCACUGCAGCACCAUAAAUGUGCCUGCCAAAAAAAUGCGUUUUGUA